GUGAAUUCUUGUCGUGAUUCUUUAUAGCCAAACACAGUACGCUGUACAUUUUACACUCUUCAGUGGAAACGAUUUAUUGAAAAAAUUUUUGAAAUAAGCAAAAUGGAUGUUCAAACAGGAUUGGUGUACGUAGCAGUUGUAGUUAUUUCUGCAGCAGUUAUUGUUUUAGUGUCAAUGUUUGGUAUAAAAGAAAAGUCUUAUGAAGAAGCAAUAGCAGAACAGAGAAAACUUCCUGAUGAUCUUUUGUUUAGUAAGAAAGAGAAAAAUAAAGAGAAAAAACAUAAAAAUAAGACUGGGAAGAAGGUAAAGGAGAAGAAAGAAGAAAAGGAGGAAAAAGAAGACAAAGAAGAAAAACCAGAACAUAUUCAGUUUGAAGAAAAUCCUCAAAUACUACCAUUAGAACCCUUACUAAGGGGGGGUAGCAAAGGAAGUAAGAAGAAAAGCAAGGUUGAAAAGAUAAAACCGAUUCUUGUAAAUAAAGACGAGCCAUUGGUUAUUGUGACUGAAUUAAGUUCUUCACAACCCUUGUCGAUAGAGGCUAAUCAUUUUGACCUCAUUCAGCCAAAGGACGACCUCGAACUAGUACGGAGUCAUAGUAAAGAAAAUUUACACCAAAUCGGUCAAUCUGAGCCAGUAGCGAAUAAAUCUCCAAAGGAAACUCCAACAAAAUCAAAGAAAAGUGUGAAGGAAAAGGAUGCAAAGAAAAAGGAUGAAAAUGUUAAAGAAGAAAAAAAGGAAGCAACUGCAAGUAUUAAUGGGCAAUCAGUUAAUAAGGAUUCUAUAAAAGAAACAAAAGAUGUUAAAGAACAGAAAGAAACACCAGUUAAAGAGGUGAAGGAGGUUGUAAAAGAAACAAUUGUACUUUCUGCUCAACUUCCUGCUAAAGAAUCUAAAAAGUCAAAGAAGAAGAAUGACAUUUUAGCACAAAUUGGUGGAGAUAGAGAUGCUGUUAAUGUGUCUCUUUUGAUGCCUUUGGUUCAAAAAGCUGAACUUAGCCGUUCUGAAAUACAAAUUCUCAUUGAUCAACUUUUAAAUAAACAAAUGGAUAAUCCGUCAGAACACUCGGAAUGGACAGAAGGUCGUGCAGAUCCGGUGAUUAAAUUAAAGAAACAAUUGGCAGAGAAGGAAAAAGCUUUAGCCGAUGAGCACGAAGCAAAUAUCGCAUUUCAAAACAAACUGAAAGAAUUACGUGCUGAACUUAAUUCUGAGAGAUCUAGAUUAUCGGCUAAUGUGAGGCAAUUAGAAGAAGCUUUAAAUGCAAAAGUAACGGAGACUCAAACUUUACAUACACGGAUGCAACACAUUUUAGAAAGUCAUGCCGCCGAAAAGCAAGGAUUUACUAGACAGAUCGAACAGUUGCAAACUAAAGUAAAUGAAAAUGCUGCGAUCAUUCAUAAAAUGCAGGAGGAUCAGGGACAAACUCAAGGUCAUCUUCAACAAGAAUUGAUCACACAGCGCAAAAAUAUGGAAAUUCAAUUUGCACAAAUGCGUGAAAAUGAGAAUGCUUUGAAAGCACAAUUAGCUCAGAAACAUGUUGACGUACAAAAUCUGCAAAGUGAGUUACAAGAAACUUGUGAAAAUACAACAGGUGAAAUCGAUUUGUUACAACAACAAUUAGGACUCAUGCAAAACCAAUUAAUGCACUCAGAAGGGCAGUUACAACAUUUUAAAGACUCCGAUGACAGAUUGCAAGAUAUGGCUAGACAGCUUGAGGAAUCGCAUCGCGCUCAUGCUGAUCUAGAUCAUAGAUUGAAAAAUGCUCAUCGUCAUGAACAAGAGCUUCAGAAGCAAGUAAACUCAUUGCAAAGUGAAUUAAAUGCUGUAAAAUCAGAAGCUAACAAUGUUGCAGCAUUAAAGGCAGAAUUAAGUAAAGCUCAGUCUGAUUUAAUGAAAUUAAAAUCUGAAUUGUCCGUUUCCAUGAAUGAAGCGAAAUCUGAAGCAGCUGAAAUUACAGCUCUUAAAAUGACACUGGUUAAUAAAGAAGAUGAGUUGAAAAAAUCUGAGGAGAAACUUAAUAAUAUACGAGUAGAGUUUAAUCAGACAACAGAAAAUACAGCUAAGCUGGAGGCGCAGUUGCAUGCGACACAAAAGAAACUUGAUACGCUUAAAGUCGAAUUUGAAAAGGCAAUAGAAAAUCUAAAGAAAGCACAGGAGAAAGCUAAUACUUAUAAAUCUGAUGUGCAGAAAUUACAAGAAGAAUUGAAACAAAAAGAAAUCGAGCUAGAGAAGAGUCGCGCAGAACUUAGAAUUGCAAAUGAGGCAACAAACGAAAUAAAAAUGUUAAAAGCUGAAAUAAACAGGUUACAAUGUAAUGAUAAAAAAUUAAGUGAAACACAGUUACAAAUUACACGGUUGCAAGAAGAAAAUGAUAAACUUUCAAUACAGUUAUCGACUUUCACUGAUCUACAAAAACAACUUAAACAAUUGCAAGAAGAAAACGAAUCAUUGGCUUCUCAACUGGCGGCAACAACUGAACGACCAGCUGCAGAAGGCCGAGAAAAUGGAAUCGAUGAUAAUGUUCAAAAGAAUGUUCAGCUUGUAGAACAAACUAAUUUGUUGGCCCAAAAGGAGAGUCAGUUAGACGCCUUAAAAAAAGAAUUAACACAUAAAGAGACAGAACUUAGUCAAUUGACUGCUCAGGUUGAUGCAUUACGAAGCGAUGUAAACAACCAACGUCGUCUUGCUGUUCGCUUAAACGAUGAUUUAGAAGCACAAAAGUCUAAAAAUAAUGAGUUGCGUAUGAAAAAUUGGAAAGUGAUGGAAGCUCUUUCUGCUGCUGAAUCGCGCGUUAAAUCUAAUAAUGGCAAGAACGUUGAUGAAGUUACAAAAAAGGUGAAAUCACAACAAGAAGAAUUUACAAAGGCUUUAUUACAAAGGAUAUUCCCGGAAAUAAAAGUAUCCGAAAAAUCCUACGAUCAGUGGCUUAAAGUUUUUGAAGAAAGAGUAAACACAGUUUUAAUAGACUUAAAGAAGAAGAAUGUAGUUGAUACACCCUCGGAGUUAGAAAAACAAAACAAAAAUUUACAAGACUUGGUUUCACAUUAUAAACAAAUUAUUGACGAUACAGAAGGUAUGCUUAAUAAACUUCAAAGUCAUGUAGAAUCGGAAGAAACGAGAUGGGAGUCCCAGCUUCGGCAAAAAGAAAAUGAAGUUGCAAGUCUUAGGCUUGAGUUAAACGAACUCAUGAAUAAAUUAAAUAUAAAUGAAAAGUUACAAGCCAAAAUAGUAGAAUUGGAAACUAGGUUAAAAGAGGCUGAAUCUUUUAAAGAACAAACCAAUACCCAAUUACUGGCACUUAGAUCUGCACCGCCAUUAUUUCCGAAUGAAAUAAAUACUCCUGAUCUAGCUGCACUGGAAAAACUUCAAGAGGAAAAAGCACGAUUAUCAGAAGAACUUCAAAUAGAAUGUAAUAAAAGAGCAGCAGUAGAUGCGGAAUUAGAUAAGUUACGUUCUGUAGUUACACAACUUCACCAAAAAAUGUCACAAAUUAAGAGCGAAGUUCGAGGGAAUUGUAGCAAUCCAGAACAAUCAGUGUUAAAUGGGCCGCCAACUUCCGAGUGUUCUAAUUCUGAGUUUCAAGAAAUUGACAACAGCCCCUUUACUACAAAACACUCCUUCAAAUCUUGUCAUAUGACAGAUCACAACACACAGCCUAGCUGGAAUCCGUUGAUGAGCCAGCAGCAUAAAAAGCACAAGAAAAAAAAGAAGUCCACUAAGAAACCCAUGGCAAAAGGGCGCAGAUUCGCAGGGUGGUUCAGGAAAAAAAUAACUUCAAAGAGCAAGCUGCGUUAAUACAGUGCAAAAUCAGAUAGUUGAUAAAGGAAAUAGAAGUAAAAUUACACAUACUCCAACACUAUAAGCAACAUGGUAAACUUUGCUAUCGAGAAGACUAAUAUUCUGAUGAAAUGUUAUGUUUCUUAUAAAAAAGAGUAUCAUAUUUUAUUAUGUGAAAGAAAAAAAAAAUAUAAAUAACGAAACUUUUGUAGCUAGACACUAAGAAAUAAUGAACCUGGUGUUUGUCAUAAUUGCACAAGUGAUGAACACAAAGAAAUAUAUAAUUUAAGAAUUGCUGCAACUGUGUUUUGUAGAUUGCAAUAUAACAAUAUUGUUUGAACAUUAUUUUUGUUACAUAAAGCAUAAAUAGAUUUUAUCAGUCUUCGUAGCGGUUUAUCUGAAAUUUAUUAUAGAUAUACUGUAUCAUUUUUACAGUAAAAUCUACGUAUAUAUUACGCUUAACAAAACGCACGAUACUUUAAACUAUGAAUGAUAAAAUAGGUACUUUUAUUGUCCAUUUUUCUUUUUCUUUUUCUUUUUUUAUGGAGUAGCAAACACCAGAGUUUUAGACAAUUUUCAUAUUGUUAAAGCAUUUGUAUACAAAGCUGAAAUCGUUAAUGAAUUAAUGUGCAAUAAAUAAUCGUGUUCAUGUGAUCACGUGUAUUAAAAAUAAUAGUGUGUUCAAGACUGCUUUUAAGAGCAACUUUCAAUUUACGAACAAAUUCUUUUUACAAAAUACGAUGAGGACUAAUCAUGCACAACUAUAGCAAAUGUAAGAAAAUCUGUUCAGGAAUACAUUAGAACAGGUUAAAAUAUAAUAAAGUAAAUAAGCUAUAUUAAUAGAAUUAUGGUUUAAAUGAUCUUUACACAGGAAAUUUGAAAAUCAUGGAAUAGAUUAAUUUAAAUCUUAUUGGGGCAUUUAAAAGAGCGUUUAUUAAAGUUUUUAUGUUAGUUUAUUUUAUAGAUGAAUUAUAAUUUUUAUCGAAAUGUUAUGUUACAUCAUGUUGAGAAAAGUAACAAUACUCUAUUUAUAGCGUAUUAAAUACUUGUUUCGUGAAGUAUAAUUAUUUCGUUUAUUUUGCACAAAUAUUAUGCUAAAUGCUGUACUUAUAUUUUACAUUUGAAUAAUUACAAAUAGUUGAUUAAAAGUUUAUUGUUUUAUUUGACGUUAGAUAAUGUAUAAGUUUAAAUAAUAAUUUGUAAUUGUAGCAAAUCAAUCUGAUGUCAUGCUUUAAUCUGAUGCUUUCAGAAAAAUAAAGUUUUUUUUAUUAGACAUGAUAAA